ACAUUGCACACUUCCCUCAUUUUAUUUUGAUUGGAAGGGGCAAUAUUGUGCUCAUAGUAACGUUUAAAAAAAUAAAAUAAAUAAAACAAGAUGAUGAUGAUGAUGAAGAAGAAGAAGAAGAAGAAGAAGAGGGAUACACAAAAUUUUUAGGCAGAGGGAGAAGAUGGAAGAAAAACGAAAUGAUGGGCCGUUGAUAAGCCAAAGCAGUCACUCGAAGGAAAGCACUUCUGUCCGUCGGUACCUAUCAUCAUCAUCAUUCCACCCUUUGCAAAAUUAAAUUAAAAAAAUAAUAUCAAUCAACACUCAUCAUCAAAAACAUUAUCAACAUUAAAAAUACAUUUUUUUUUUUUCUUCUAUAUUAUGGUUUUAUUUUAAUUUGUAUUUUUAAAAAUAAAUUUUAAUUCAUACAUGUAAUUUGUUGUAACAAGUGAUAUUUUAAAGAGACAAUUUAAACUGUAGGGAUUUGAAUUUCUGUCAGCGAUUAGAUUGUGAGGUGAGGACAUUGGCUGUUCACAGUUUGUGGAAUACGUCUGCCCCUUGAUGAUACACAAAAUCAUCGGGAUAUUCGGUCAAGCAAGUGUCAGACUUGUUGGGAUUAUUUGACUCGUGUUAUACAAGAUAUUUUUUUAUUUUUUAUUAUUGUUUUAUUGUUAGUGAAAUUUGUGAUUUGAAGAAAAUUAAAUUUAUGUGGUUUGUUAUUACGUGAUAAUGGAAAUGCAACAACAGUAUGACACAAAACAUGGUGUAUCAGAUGACUGUUGUUAUCAACAAUGGACACAAAACACUCAUCAACAUCAAGAAGUUACUGUGCCAUCACCAAUGCAACAAAUGGAAGCUUGUCUUGAGACCGCCGGAAGAGUAAAAAGAUCAAGAAGUCCCGAAACAUUAUCAUUGACAUCAAAAAUUUCAACAAGUGUAAGAAAUUUUUCUAAAAACCAACAACAACAACAUAAUGAUAGUAAUAAUAAUUUACAAAAUGACACAAAUAGUAAUUUAUCAGUAACAUCAAGUGUUGAUGAUAAAGGAUCAAAAUUAUUACUUCAUCCAGCAUUAAUUGGUGCUGGUGCUGCACUUGAAGCACGUCCACUUUGGGAAGAAUUUCAUCAACUUGGAACUGAGAUGAUUGUUACAAAAGCUGGACGAAGAAUGUUUCCAACAUUUCAGUGUCGUUUAUUUGGACUUGAACCAAAUACAGAUUAUUUAUUGGUGAUGGAUUUUGUGCCUUGUGAUGAUAAAAGAUACAGAUAUGCAUUUCAUAGUAGUGCAUGGGUUGUUGCUGGACGUGCUGAUCCAAUAUCACCACCAAGAAUUCACAUGCAUCCAGAUAGCCCGGCAAAUGGUGCACACUGGAUGAAACAAUCAAUAUCAUUUGAUAAACUUAAACUUACAAAUAAUCAACUUGAUGACAAUGGACAUAUAAUAUUGAAUUCAAUGCAUAGAUAUCAACCAAGAUGUCAUGUUAUUGUUGCACCAUCAUCAAGUACACAAACAAAUACACAAAUAAUAAAUUUCAAAACAUUUACAUUUUCGGAAACACGUUUUACUGCUGUAACAGCAUAUCAAAAUCAUCGUAUAACACAACUUAAAAUAGCAAGUAAUCCAUUUGCAAAAGGUUUUCGUGAUUGUGAACCAGAUGAAUGUGAUUCACAAAAUAAUAAUGGUAAUUUAAAUAAUAACGUACAAAAUAAUAAUCCAGCUAAGCGACCAGCAACAUCAAGUACAAUUGUAACAACAACAUCACCAUCAUCAUCAUCAUCAACAUCAACAACACCAAUAAAUUAUCAAAAUACAAUACAGCCAUUGUCAUCGUCAAUUACAAAUCAAGAUUAUCAUCAUCAUCAUCACCAUCAUCAAUUUUAUGGUGCUGGUGGACAUUGGAAUUAUGGAGGACAUCAUCAAACUGGACAUCAUUUAAAUACUGGACAUUAUUCAAAUCAUCAUCCACAUCAUGGAGCAUCACUAUAUGGUCCACGAUAAUUUCUAGUCUUUCAUUAAAAAAUAAAAAACAAACCAAAGAAUUAACAGGUACACAUUGAGCUAUAUUUUCAAUCAUGUAUACCUGUUGAAAUAUUUUUUUAAAAAAACAUUUAUUUAUUUAAAAUAUCACCUAUUAAGAUAAAAAAUUAAAUGUGCCUUUUAAAUAAAUUUUUAUCAAUUUGCAUAUAAAUAAAUUUUGAGAUUUUUAUGUAAAAUAAUUGUCGUACUAUUUAAUUUAAAAUAAAUAUUAAUAUUUUAUUUAAAAAAAAAACAAUUGUGUUAAAUAAUUUUCAAAAUUUAUAUUGAAAAAAAAAAUACACAUUGGAUAUGCAAGAGUUGGAAAACAAAGUGCCUUUUGUAGGAACAAAGUGUGUCUAUUUAUAUUGUACUUGUCUCAAAUGCCAAACGAGCCAAAAAGCUCAUUUGUGGUGGCUUGUGUGUGACACCAUAUCCCACUGAAAAAAUAAGACAAACUUAAACGUACCGUGACAAAAUCCCUUUAGCAUUUGUUAAGUGCCUCAAUAAAUUAUACAUAUGCAUAUUUACUUAAUAAAUUAAUUGACAAAAUAAACAAAUAUUUAUUAUUAAUAUGAAUUUAAUUUUUGUCUUGUUGAAACAUUAACAACAAUUAUUUAUAUAAAAAAAAAAAAGUCAAAAAUUAUGUAAGACAUUAAAUGAAAAUAAUAAAUGUAUUGUUAAAUAAAUAAAUUAAAAAUAAUAUUAAUUAUGUAAUUUAAUUUGAGUAAUAAUAUAAUUACAAAAA